AUGGCUUCAGUUCGCCUUGUCGAGGUUGGGCCCCGGGAUGGCUUGCAAAAUACAAAAUCAGUAAUUUCGACGGCUACGAAGAUCGAACUCAUCCGCCGCCUGCGUUCAUGUGGCCUGAAAACAAUCGAGGCGACCUCAUUCGUCUCCCCAAAAUGGGUGCCGCAAUUGGCAGAUGGGGCUCAGGUGAUGUCUGGAAUCGGAGACCUAAUAGACUCAAGCGACGAGUCGUACCCUGUUCUUGUGCCAAAUUUGAAGGGCCUGGAAGCGGCGCUGAAAGCCGGAGCAAGGGAAGUUGCAGUCUUUGUCUCAGCCUCUGAGGGAUUCAGUCGCAGAAACAAUAAUGCAUCCGUAGAUGAGGCCCUGAAAAGGGCGGGGGAGGUAGCUAGGAGGGUGAAAGGAACAAACGUCAAACUUCGAGGAUAUAUCUCCUCUGUGAUUGCCUGUCCAUUCGACGGCCCUACACAUCCAAACCAAGUGCUCAAAGUCACUCAGACACUGCUGGAUAUGGGAUGUUAUGAAAUCAGCCUAGGAGAUACCACUGGAGUUGGAACACCAGCACAGGUUAAGCGCUUAUUGGAAACAAUAUUGGCUUCCGUUCCAGCAUCACAAAUAGCUGGCCAUUUUCACGACACUUAUGGACAGGCUUUAGCAAAUGUCCUCAUAGCCUACCAAAUGGGAAUCCGAGUCUUCGAUUGCAGCAUUGCUGGCUUAGGAGGUUGCCCGUAUGCGCCAGGAGCGAAGGGAAAUCUGGCUACCGAAGACGUCGCAUAUAUGUUUGAAAAGAUGGGCGUCCAAACCGGCGUGAAGCUUGACAUGGUUGCUGAGGUGGGGAGUUGGAUCUCAGGCGAGCUAAAUAUCCCUUCCGCGAGCCGCGCUGGGCCUGCUCUGUUAGCAACGAGGAAUCGUACAGCCCGUGACACGACCGGAAAGAUACCAGCAGGAGUUCCAACUCUGAAGUGGAGCGUGGUCAAGGAUCAUGAGACGUAUUUGGUUGAACGGGCGGGAUCAAAUAUGCGAAUAACGCUUGCCAGGCCGCGGAACGGUAACGCCCUAACCUUGGCAAUGCUGAGCUCAUUGACACAACUCAUCCAAGCAGCUGCUGGUGAUAAGGAGAUACGCUGUAUUAUCAUCACCGCCAAGGGAAAAUACUUCUGCACGGGGAUGGAUAUCAGCCCCAGUGGAGCAACUUCUGCUUCUGACCGUCAAGCCAAAGAGGAUCAGUUCCAUGGUCUCCGUAACCUCUUUGAUGCUAUCGAUAAUGCCCCACAAACAAUAGUUGCUAUGAUCACAGGCCCUUGCCUGGGAGGAGGCGUUGGCUUGGCAAUGGCCUGUGACGUGCGAAUCGCAAUCGAGACUGCCACCUUCACACUGUCAGAAACAAAACUCGGGCUUGUUCCGGCCGUCAUCUCAAAAUAUUUAAUACGCGAAUGGGGGAUACCCCGAAGCCGAGAGGCUAUGCUCACUGCGCGUCCCGUUGGGUGCCAGGAGCUGCUGGAUGCCGGGGUCAUUCACGGAGUAGCGCCAGAUGCUGCAUCGCUGAUCACACUCAUGGAAGAUAAGAUCUUCCGCAUCCAACAAUGUGCUCCCGGCGCAUCUGCCCAAGCCAAAGACCUUGUACGAGUAGGUUGGAAACUCCCCGGUAGCACGAAACAAGAUGCCACGAUCUCGGAUAUCUAUUACCACAUGACACAACCCUCUCAAGAGGCUCAAUAUGGCUUGGCUAGCUUUCGUGCGGGGAACAGGAAUGUGGAUUGGUCAAAGAUGACGCGGACUACCACUAAGCUCUAG